AAUGCUUCUUUUUGAUUGGUGGAUCGAGCCGGUACGAAAUGGCAUUCCUUGCAUCGGCCAUUUUGGUGUCGCUUGGCCAUAGAAGUGGCGGCCAAGAAUAUUUUGUGAAUAUCCAUCAGCAUUGCGGUAAUCGACCGCAUUUUCUUAAAGGUGUAGGUUAAUUCAACCGGCAAGAUGUAUCUCUAUAACCUGACUUUACAAGGAUCGUCAUGCAUUACGCAUGCCGUCCAUGGCAAUUUCUCCGGGACUAAGCAGCAGGAGAUAGUGAUAUCACGUGGAAAAACAUUGGAACUCCUGCGGCCUGACCCAAAUACCGGCAAAGUGCACACUCUCAUGAAGGUGGAAAUAUUCGGAGUCAUUAGAUCUAUGAUGUCAUUUCGUCUCACGGGAGGCACUAAAGAUUACAUUGUGAUUGGUUCAGACUCCGGCCGUAUAGUGAUUCUAGAAUAUAUUCCAAAGAAGAACAUUCUAGAAAAAGUACAUCAAGAAACAUUUGGUAAAUCUGGAUGUCGCAGAAUUGUUCCGGGUCAGUACUUGGCCAUUGACCCCAAAGGCAGAGCUGUUAUGAUAGGUGCCAUUGAAAAGCAGAAGCUUGUAUACAUUUUGAACAGAGAUGCAGAAGCUAGACUGACAAUUUCUUCCCCUCUGGAGGCUCACAAGUCCAACACAUUGGUGUACCACAUGGUAGGAGUAGAUGUUGGCUUUGAGAAUCCAAUGUUUGCAUGUCUGGAAAUUGACUAUGAAGAGGCUGAUGCUGAUCCUUCUGGUGAAGCUGCCCAAAAGACACAACAAACACUUACAUUCUAUGAAUUAGAUUUGGGUCUGAACCAUGUUGUAAGAAAAUACUCAGAACCGCUCGAAGAGCAUGCCAACUUCCUUAUCACAGUACCUGGAGGCAACGAUGGUCCCUCAGGAGUACUCAUUUGUUCAGAAAACUAUCUUACAUACAAGAAUUUGGGAGACCAACAUGAUAUCCGAUGCCCAAUCCCUAGACGGAGAAAUGAUUUGGAUGAUCCAGAGAGAGGCAUGAUCUUUGUCUGUUCAGCAACUCACAAAACAAAGUCUAUGUUCUUCUUCUUAGCACAAACUGAGCAAGGAGACAUAUUCAAGAUAACCAUUGAAACUGAUGAUGACAUGGUCACGGAGAUCAAACUUAAAUACUUUGAUACAGUUCCUGUAGCAACUGCCAUGUGUGUGUUGAAGACUGGAUUCUUGUUUGUGGCCUGUGAAUUUGGCAACCACUACCUGUACCAAAUUGCUCACUUGGGUGAUGAAGAUGAUGAACCCGAGUUCAGUUCAGCCAUGCCUCUAGAAGAGGGAGACACUUUCUUCUUUGCUCCAAGACCAUUGAGGAAUCUGGUCCUCGUGGAUGAGCUGGACUCAUUAUCACCAAUAUUAGCUUGCAAAGUAGCUGAUUUGGCUGCUGAAGAUACUCCACAAGUAUAUCUAGCUUGUGGCCGAGGGCCAAGAUCAUCACUGAGAGCUCUUAGGCAUGGUUUAGAAGUUGCUGAAAUGGCUGUUUCUGAGCUGCCAGGAUCUCCCAAUGCUGUAUGGACUGUUAGAAGGCACAAGGAUGAGGAGUAUGAUUCUUACAUCAUUGUGUCAUUCGUAAAUGCCACACUUGUGCUGUCUAUCGGCGAAACUGUCGAAGAAGUAACAGAUUCUGGUUUCUUGGGAACAACACCAACACUCAGUUGUCACGCACUCGGUGCAGACGCACUAGUGCAGGUGUACCCCGAUGGUAUCCGACACAUUCGUGCAGACAAACGUGUGAAUGAAUGGAAGGCACCAGGGAAGAAGUCUAUCGUUAAGUGCGCCGUUAAUCAGAGACAAGUUGUGAUUGCCUUAACAGGCGGCGAAUUGGUCUACUUUGAAAUGGAUCCUACUGGUCAACUCAAUGAAUACACAGAAAGAAAGAAAUUAUCAUCUGAUGUAUCUUGUAUGGCCUUGGGAUCGGUCGCCACC